UCGAGCCCAUCACCGUUAUGUCGGCCCAGUGUUGUCUUGAGAAGCCCUUCUCUCAGAUGAACCAGCACGACGCUGCUUUCCCCACAGCGGAAUCGCGCAAAAGCCUGAACUACUCUCAGCCUGAGUCCCAUUCCGCCAUACCACCUUCUGGCGUCUCGAGGGCGCAGCUUCUCAAUCAUCUCAAGUGGUACUCCGACCUUGCCGUCUUUCAAUCUUCAACGCCCCCGUAUCCAGCAAUUCCACUCACCGCUGCAUCCACUCUGCCUCAACUGGCGGUCCUGUACCAUCUGACAGAGCGCGAGCUCUUUGUCAACCUCUCCAUCCCUCCAACCUCCCCACCCUGCGCCUGCGUCGACGGCAACGGCGAGACAUGUGGCGCGCACUUCAAUGCCCACGAAUAUGGUCGCAUGGAUCAGCUGCGCGCACAUAUCGCAUCAAGCCACCACUUAUGCACAUGGAGAGACUGUGACUACGUCGUACCACACUCGGAGCACGACACGGCGAAGCAAGCUAUGCGUACCCAUCUCUACACAGCCCAUUUCCUGGCCUUCCCGACGUGCCCCUUCUGCCAAUGCAAUCUGAACCAACCGCCGAUGAUACUGCCGCAGAGCUCUCAAGAUGAUGAACUCAUUAUACAUCUGGCUUCUGGAUGGUGCAUUGGUUUGGCCAGGCUCGCGAUCUCCAAAGGGCUGCCCGUUCCUCUUCCUCGCUGAAUCCUGAUACCAACCUGCGCGAUACCCCGUGCCUUUUUAAUUGUAGAGGUUAGCCUAGCUUGCGUAUUUUGUAAAGUGUAGUCACAUAGUCUGGAUAAAUUGAAGUCAAAUCAGUCG